AUGGCUGAAUACGGCGACGGCUCGGGGCCCUCUGCGGCCCCGCACGGCCAGGCCCGGGCGGCCGCGCGCCCCUCCGGCUUCGCGUGCGGAGAUCUGGGCGCAGCGGGCGCCGGCCCGCGCCUGUGGCUGAACGCGCCCGCUCUCAGCUCCGCGCCCUACGCGCCGGGCCCCGUGCCCGCGGCCCCCUACGGGGCCCCCGGCCCUCUCCUCGCGGCCCCCGGCGGCCUGGCAGGCGCCGACCUGGCGUGGCUGAGCCUGCCGGGCCAGCAGGAGCUGCUGAGGCUGGUGCGGCCGCCCUACUCGUACUCGGCGCUCAUCGCCAUGGCCAUCCAGAGCGCGCCGCGGCGCAAGCUGACGCUCAGCCAGAUCUACCAGUACGUGGCCGGCAACUUCCCCUUCUACAAGCGCAGCAAGGCGGGCUGGCAGAACUCCAUCCGCCACAACCUGUCCCUCAACGACUGCUUCAAGAAGGUGCCCCGCGACGAGGACGACCCAGGUAAAGGCAAUUACUGGACCCUGGAUCCAAACUGCGAGAAGAUGUUUGACAACGGGAACUUCCGAAGGAAGAGGAAGCGGAGGGGGGAGGCGAGCGCGGUCGCACCGUCGGGUCCCCAGAGCCUGGCUGGAGCCAAGACGCCGGAGCUGGAGCCCCUGGGCGCCGCCUCCCCUGACCUGCGGGCCUCGGCGUCCCCGCCCGCGCCCGAGGCCGCGGCCUGCUUCUCCAGUUUGGCCUCGGCCGUGGGUGCCCUGGCUGGCGGCUUCAGUCCCUUUCCCGGGGGCCUGGCGGGAGACUUUUCCUUCGGGAGACCCACGACGAUCGCCACUCACAGCCCCCAGGUCCCCGGCCCGGCGCCCGGCUUCGCCGCUGGCCAGCAGACGCCAGCCACCGGCUUCCGCGUCGGUCACUUCAUCUACAGCCGGGAGGGGACCGAAGUUUGA